AACUAGAAAACAAAAAGUGGUUGUAUAAGAUAAAAUGAAAGAUGGAACCACUUUGUGGAAAGUUCUUGAAUACGUUUCGCUUUAAUAAAUCUAUCUCUUUGCAACAAAUUGUCUUUUAGUAGGAUUAGCAAACUCCUUCCCCAACAUAACGAGUUUUGGAUUUGAACUUAGAAACAGCACCUUACAAGGUGUGUGCAAACAUUUGUUUUCUUCAGUUCGUAGGCUUAUUCUAAUAGAAACGCCUAUCACGUACUGGAUCAUAGGCUCUGGACGAUUACCUUAACGUGUACUUGGCGGUCAUUGGCCACCAAUGACGUGACCUUGACCAGUGGAAGGCUAAGGUCUCUGGACUGUACAACUUCGUAAAAGACGUUGUUACGUGGGAAGAACCGUCUGUUUCGUGAGUUAAAACAGUGCUUGCGGCUAUCUUCCAGGAGUUAUAAUUUGUUGUUUUUUAGAUUUUUGACAAACACCGAACUGGAUAUGUGGCUUGGUGCAGAGUUUUGACUUCUAUGAUAGGGAGAAUCGAUCUCGCAUCGUUUUUCCUCUUAUCAUCCUGCAUCUCUGAUUUUGUACCGUUACUGUGGUGGACGUUAGGUUUGUUGGUAAAUUAGCAACUUGCUUUGUGUGUUUAGGAUGUAGCAUAGUUGAGUAAGCUAUAGCAGCAAUGCUUUUGUUUUAGGAAUGUUGAUGAGUAAUGUAAUAACUACAAGCUCUUUUCAGAAAUAUCAGGUAGUAAACCAAAUAUGAUGUUAUGCAAGUUAAUGGCAAAGGAAAUGCCGCAGAUUCUGAUGUCAGUCUUAGUUUGAUGUCAAAGAUGAAAUCAUUGGUAUUUGUUGGAUUAGUAUUAAAAGAUACUGGGAGUACCGUUUGUCCAAGAUAGACAUUUAUAAUUUUGACUGACAAACAAGCACUUGUCAUAAAAAUAGAAAAAAGGUUAAUGUGCAAUUUUGAUUAGACUGUUGCUUAAGCUUUCCACAUGAAGUGGAAACUUGCAGCUUCAGAUAUGGUGAUGCUAGUAGAUUGUUUCCGACUACGACAUAACCCCGAACAACAAUGUUGCAGCAGUGAUUUCACUAACAUACAACACUGGUGUUCAACUACAUCGUCCAAUAAAGUGGAUCCAGAAUUAAUAUUCACAAAACAAGAAAAGAUAGGCAAAGGUUCUUUUGGUGAAGUCUUUAAAGGAAUAGAUAACAGAAGCCAGCAAGUUGUAGCUAUAAAGAUUAUAGACUUGGAAGAGGCUGAAGAUGAAAUUGAAGACAUUCAACAGGAAAUUAUGGUGUUAUCACAGUGUGACAGCUCCUUUGUUACAAAAUAUUAUGGAUCAUUUCUUAAGGGCACCAAACUUUGGAUUAUCAUGGAGUAUUUGGGAGGAGGAUCAGCCCUUGAUCUCAUGAAAGCUGGACAGUUUGAAGAACUCCAUAUUGCAGUCAUCUUAAGAGAAGUGUUAAAAGGUCUGGACUAUUUGCACUCAGAACGCAAGUUACAUCGAGAUAUAAAAGCGGCCAAUGUCUUAUUAUCAGAAAUGGGAGAUGUAAAGUUAGCAGAUUUUGGUGUGGCUGGACAGUUAACUAAUACAACCAGUAAAAGGAACACUUUUGUUGGAACCCCAUUUUGGAUGGCACCAGAAGUUAUUAAACAGGCUGCUUAUGACUCAAAGGCAGAUAUUUGGAGUUUAGGGAUAACAGCCAUUGAGUUAGCUAAAGGUGAACCACCUAAUUCUGACCUCCACCCCAUGAGAGUCUUGUUUCUUAUUCCCAAAAACAAUCCACCUCAAUUAACUGGGAAUUAUAGCAAGCAAUUUAAGGAAUUUGUGGAGGCUUGUUUAAAUAAGGACCCUGAAAAUAGGCCCACAGCAAAAGAACUUCUCAAGUUUCCCUUCAUCAGGAAAGCUAAAAAGAAUUCAUAUCUGAUGGACCUAAUCGAAAGAUACAAGAGGUGGAAAGCUUCUGGUGGUGGACAGAGUGACAGUGACUCUGAAACCUCAGACUCGGAUGAGUCUAAAGCCAACGAUACGUGGAAGAGUUGGCGGUGGGAUCUAGGUACAGUCAAGGGCCCAAAUAAUCAGCUAGAUAUUCAGUCAAGCCCUUAUAACAUGGAGGAAGAGAUAAAAGGCUUGUCAUUAGUAAAAAGCCAACAGAAUGGAGAAUCCUCCCCAGUUUCACCCAACUUCCAGAAAGACAUUUCCAUUUACUUACGACAAUCAGAGGAAAAAAUGUCAACAUCUCCUCCCCGAACUUCUGGUGGUCCAUCUGCACCUGUUGGACUUCAUAAGGGAAAAGAGCGUGAAGUUAAAAAAUCACAUGGUCAAAAACAAGAAAAAGAAAGAGAGGUUAAAGAUGGUUUUGAGCAAAGACAUAGAGAACCAAAAGAAAGUACUGACCAUAAACAUCGAGAGACAAAAGAUGGAUUUGAUCAUAAACAACGGGAAGUAAAAGAUGGAUUUGAUCAUAAGCAACGAGAAGUGAAAAGAUGGGUUUGACCAAAGCAUAGAGAAGUUAAAGAUGGAUAUGAUCUUAAACAUCGAGAAAUAAAAGACAGUUAUGACUAUAAACAUCGAGAGAUGAAAGAUGGAUAUGAUCACAAGCAUCGAGAAAUGAAAGAUGGGUUUGAUCUUAAACAUCGUGAGAUGAAAGAUGGGUUUGACCAGAAACAUCGAGAACGCAUCGGAGACCAUUCUUCACGAGAUCAUGAGGUCAGAGAACUUGGAGACAACAGGGAUCGAGAAAGAGACUCGCAUCUUCCAAAAUCCCCAGUGUCACCCAUUUCUCCCACAAAAAUUAGUGCAACGAAAGGAGCCCCUACUGUGUCAACUGUUUUACAUUCCCUUACUCUUGAGCUUCAGAGGAAACACAGGGGAGAUGCUGUUGAGAAACUUCACAAUGCCUUUGAUGUGGCAGAAAGGUCAUGUCCUGGAUUUAGUGAUAUCUUUGUCCAGGAGAUUUUCCAUCGAUUGUUGCCAACUGCCAGUUCUUCUAGAGUUCAAGAUGCCAUCGACAGGCUGUCUAGGGAUGGUUCUUAGGCUGUACAAGCCUGGGUUACAAUGGCCCGUAAGAAACCUUCACUUCUUUACCUGAGGUGCCUGAAGACAACAUAUUGAACCUCAUCAUUCCACCCGUGCUGCUAGGUGUUACACUCUGUACAGGGUACAAACACAGAAUUUAAUUUUUUAGAACUCACCUGGCAGAUAAAGUUUGUUUAGUAGAAGAUUGAGAGCACCUAGGGGUGGAAGUGAGGUUAACUCCCCAACUGGAAAAUUUUAAAUAUGGUGUAUUCCAUGCUCCUUGCCUCCCUAAACUGCAGAAGUUAGGGUUCCAUGUUAUUCUCAUAAUCAUGUAAAAAUUAUAGUUGUUUCUGAAGGGUAACUAAUGUUGGGUUUGUUUUCUUCUAUAUCUUGUCCUGAUAGUGUUAAUAAUAAAUUCCAUCUGGAAAUAACCUCAAGAAGAGUUAUGUAACAAUUAAGUUUUACUAUAAUGUUAAAAAGAAAGGUUUAGAUAUUGAUGUGUACAGUUUAUAUUUACUGUAAUGAUGAACUUAUGAAGAAAAAAAGCUUUUAUUCCAGGUUUCAGGGACUCAAAGGUCUGCCUUUUACAUGCAAGUGUAAAUUAUUUUAGCAUCUGCCUCUUCUUUAUGUUGUUAGGGAACUUAAGAGUAAAAUGUGUAUGGUCAAGUUGUUUUAGAUUUCCAAUGUUGUUAAGUGUAAAUAAGACAAAGACCUGAAAUAAAGAGCCAUUUGUUCCUUAA